AUGCUGAGCUGCAGAAGCCUGAGGAGCAGGUCUCCCAAGUCAUUCCAUGCUGGUUUCUUUCUCCUGCUUUUAUUUAAAUCUUCCUGCAGUUCCUGCAUGUGCAGAAAUCUGGUCUAUCCUUAUGACUUCAGGCUAACAGAGAAAGAGAAAACUAGUAUCUGCUACUUGUCCUUCCCAGACUCCUACUCAGGUGGCCUGGGGGACACUCAGUUCAGCUUCCGCCUCCGUCAGUCCGGGGGGCAGAGGACAGCAGCUCCUUUUGAGGACCAUGGGGAGUACAACAGAGAAGCCCCCCUCACCCUGCAGCGGGAGGCAGCUCAUUACUUCGGGUACGUCUACUUCAGGCAAGUCAAGGACAGCUCCAUGAAGAGAGGUUAUUUCCAGAAGUCCCUGGUGCUGGUGUCACGCCUGCCCUAUGUGAACCUGUUCCAGGCCCUGCUGCAGCUGAUUGCUCCUGAGUACUUUGAGAAGCUGGAGCCAUGCAUGGAGGCAGUGUGCAAUGAGAUUGACCAGUGGCCACCUCCUGUGCCAGGACAGACUCUGAACCUGCCCGUGAUGGGAGUUGUCAUCCAGGUGAGAAUCCCAUCAAGGGUGGAUAAGCCAGGAUCAAGCCCAGUGAAGCAGUUCAAUCAAGAGAAUCUGUUACCAGCCCCACUGGUUCUCCCCACUCUUCAUGAGCUGGAUCUUUUCAGGUGUUUCCAGCCUGUGCUAAUCCACAUCCAGAUGCUGUGGGAGCUGAUGUUACUGGGAGAGCCCCUUGUUGUCAUGGCACCUUCCCCUACAGUUUCCUCAGAAAUGGUGCUGGCACUCACCAGCUGCCUGGCUCCCCUGAGGUUCUGCUGUGACUACAGGCCCUAUUUCACCAUCCACGACAGUGAGUUCAAGGAAUACACCACCAGGACCCAGGCUCCACCAAACAUUGUUGUGGGAGUCACCAACCCUUUCUUCAUCAAAACCCUCCAGCACUGGCCACACAUCCUGCGGGUGGGGGAGCUCAGAAUGGCAGGAGACCUGCCCAAGCAAGUCAAGGUGAAGAAGCCAGCUAAACUAAAAACUCUAGACACAAAACCAGGCAUCUAUACUUCUUACAAAACCUUCCUUCACAAGGACAAAACCCUGAUCAAAAGGUUGCUGAAGGGCAUCCAGAGGAAGCGCCCGUCCGAAGUGCAGAGUGCCCUGCUGAGGAGGCACCUCCUGGAGCUCACCCAGAGCUUCAUCAUUCCCCUGGAGCAUUAUAUUGCAAGUCUGAUGCCUCUGCAGAGAGCCAUUACUCCAUGGAAGAAUCCUCCCCAGAUCCGGCCCUUCCGCCAGGAGGAUUUCCUGAGGAGCCUGGAGCACGCGGGUCCCCAGCUCACCUGUGUGCUGAGGGGGGACUGGCUGGGCCUCUACAGGAGGUUCUUCAAGUCCCCCAACUUCGAUGGCUGGUACCGCCAGAGGCACAAGGAGAUGACCCAGAAGCUGGAGGCCCUUCACUUGGAGGCCAUCUGUGAGGCAGACAUUGUGGCCUGGAUGAAGGACAAGUCUGAGGUGGAGAUUGUAGAUCUGGUGCUAAAACUGCGUGAGAAGCUGGUCAGAGCCCGGUGCCAGCACCUCCCGGUGAAGGAGGAAACUCUGCAGAGGGUGGGUCUGUACAUCGAGACCAUCAUUGGCUCCUUGCCCGAGGAUCUCCAGGCUGUGCUGCACCACCACUGA